AUGUUUGCACUGGAACGAUGGACAAAAGGGCCGGACCAGCAGACCCGCUCCACCUAUAACAAUAUGCGGCAUGUACUGCGUCUAGCCUCUCGCCUCCUCACAGAAGACUGCUCCCUUGACUUCUUUGCUCAUUUGACCUGCGGUGAGCGCAAGCAAGAUAGGUCAUUCAAUCCGCCUAGGACAUAUAUCGCCACCACGCGGUACGAGCGCACUCGGGAAGCGCGGGACGAGGUCAGAACGCUUUUUCGCGAACUUGGCGAGGUGGUGAGCUUUGUAUUUGCCCCUCGAGGAUACCCAAUACAGGCCUACGGUCUGACCUACGCUGCCAAAGAGGAGACGCCUUUUAUUAAAACAAUUCGCCCCGGAGACUGGCCACCUAUCGAUCGUAGGUACCGGACCCGGGAGUACGACGGUCGGUGCUGGCCAUGCGUCAUUCUGUCGCCGGAUAUUCUCCAUUUCUUCGACCAGGGGUAUGAGCAAGCUAGCCCGUCGAUGACAUACAAAAUCGCGUUCCUAGCCGCCGUAACUAUCGCCCAUGAGUGCGUCCAUGCCUACGACUUCUGGCUAGGGGAAAGCAAUAAGGAGCCUUAUUUCAACCGAGGGGACAAGAAGGCAGAGCUCGGCUACGCGUGGGAGUUGCAAACUUUCGGCCGUAUAAUCAACCCGCUCUGGAACCAGAUUCAAGGCUGCACAUUGCUUCUGUCGAUCCUUACAGAGGAAUACAUAUAUAGAGAGGAUCGCCAGGCCGCCCUCAAGAAGGUUGCCGAUCGCACCCAUAUCUCUUCUCGAUCUCAAUUCCGCCGCUUAGAGCUUGACCAAGCUGCCUGGGACCGCCUCGAUCCACGGGACAUCCGUGGUGGCGAAUGGUUCUGCGAAAGCAGCUCUCAGUCCGGCAUGAGUUACGUCUGCGCCGUUCAUGCCAUUCCCAUGGCAUGGAUCAUCAACUGGUGGCAGGAAGACCAUUGGGAAAAGAUGCGUCGGGACUAUCGACACCGGGGGACGUACGAGCCGCCCCGAUUAGGCAAGACGUUCAUGUUGUUCUACCAGAGGAACAGCGAUGGUGCUUCGGUCCACUAUCCAUUAAACCCGUCUAUCGCCGCCGAUGCUUAUGAGAUUCAGUGCUAUGAAGAAUUUGAGCGCGGGCGCGACAAGCACUCCUUGUACGACCAUCGCGCUGGCCGCAUCCUCUAA